CGACACUCGUCUCUGCGUGCGUUUCGUUCCUUCGUUGCGUUGCGUUGGUUCAUCGAUAGAUCGUUCUCGAUGGUGAUGGAGGGCAUGGGCAUGGCGGCGGCGUGGGCGGCGGGGGACCUGUGGGUGCUGGCGGCGGCGGUGGUGGCCGGCGUGGUGCUGGUCGACGCGGUGGUGCGGAGGGCGCACGACUGGGUUCGCGUGGCGGCGCUGGGGGCGGAGAGGAGGUCGAGGUUGCCGCCGGGGGAGAUGGGGUGGCCGAUGGUGGGCAGCAUGUGGGCGUUCCUCCGCGCCUUCAAGUCCGGCAACCCCGACGCCUUCAUCGCCUCCUUCAUCCGACGGUUUGGGCGGACAGGGGUGUACAGGACGUUCAUGUUCAGCAGCCCGACGAUCCUGGCGGUGACGCCGGAGGCGUGCAAGCAGGUGCUCAUGGACGACGAGGGCUUCGUCACCGGCUGGCCCAAGGCCACCGUCACCCUCAUCGGCCCCAAAUCCUUCGUCAACAUGUCCUACGACGACCACCGCCGCAUCCGCAAGCUCACCGCCGCCCCCAUCAACGGCUUCGACGCCCUCACCACCUACCUCUCCUUCAUCGACCAGACCGUCGUCGCCUCCCUCCGCCGCUGGUCCUCGCCGGAGUCCGGCCAGGUCGAGUUCCUCACCGAGCUCAGGCGCAUGACCUUCAAGAUCAUCGUCCAGAUCUUCAUGAGCGGCGCCGACGACGCCACCAUGGAGGCCCUGGAGCGGAGCUACACCGACCUCAACUACGGCAUGCGCGCCAUGGCCAUCAACCUCCCCGGCUUCGCCUACUACCGCGCGCUCAGGGCUCGCCGGAAGCUCGUGUCCGUGCUGCAGGGUGUGCUCGACGGCCGGAGGGCCGCCGCCGCCAAGGGCUUCAAACGCUCCGGGGCCAUGGACAUGAUGGACCGCCUCAUCGAGGCCGAGGACGAACGCGGCCGCCGCCUCGCCGACGACGAGAUCGUCGACGUCCUCAUCAUGUACCUCAACGCCGGCCACGAGUCCUCCGGCCACAUCACCAUGUGGGCCACCGUCUUCCUCCAGGAGAACCCCGACAUCUUCGCAAGAGCAAAGGCUGAGCAAGAGGAGAUCAUGAGAAGCAUUCCAGCAACGCAGAACGGAUUAACCCUCAGGGACUUCAAGAAGAUGCACUUCCUCUCACAGGUUGUCGACGAGACACUUCGCUGCGUCAACAUCUCCUUCGUGUCCUUCCGUCAGGCCACAAGAGACAUCUUUGUGAACGGUUAUCUUAUCCCCAAGGGGUGGAAGGUUCAGCUGUGGUACAGAAGUGUGCACAUGGAUGACCAAGUUUAUCCUGACCCCAAAAUGUUCAACCCUUCAAGAUGGGAGGGACCCCCUCCGAAAGCCGGAACAUUCCUUCCAUUUGGACUGGGAGCAAGACUGUGCCCUGGAAAUGAUCUUGCAAAGCUGGAGAUCUCUGUCUUCCUCCAUCAUUUUCUCCUGGGUUACAAGCUGAAGAGGGCAAAUCCAAAGUGCAGGGUGAGAUAUCUGCCUCAUCCCCGGCCUGUGGACAACUGCUUGGCGACGAUCACCAAAGUUUCCGAUGAACACUAAAAGUUCAGGGAUUCUUUAGCUGGAACCGAAAACAGCCAGGCUAGGCUACUUGUUCCUCUGGGACAAGUAAAUAAACAUGAUUAUAAAGUAUAUCACGUACUCUGGAAGAAAAAAAAGAGAGAGAAGUGAUGUGUAUUCGUCUUGAUAUGCUCGCUUUGGUUUCGCAUUGUUCUUGUUUGUCCUAGCUUAGGACAAAGAUUAAAGUAAAGCAGUUCGAGUUAUACUAACAAGCUUCCUGAAUAUGGGAAACACGCAAGCAUUCCCCUUCUUUUCUAUCUAUCCACCUCACUGAAUUUGGAUUGUUCUUUAUCAGUUAAUAAAGAUGGCACGAAAAGUUGCAGUUUAA